AUGGCAUCCAACAAACUCCUCCUCCUAAUCACAGGCGGCAACCAAGGCCUAGGCUAUUACGCAGCGAAGCAGCUCUCGGCCUCAGGAAGAUACCACAUCUUCCUAGGCAGUCGAAACUUCCAAAAGGCAGAACAAGCCAUUGCAUCCAUGAAAACAGACGACUCGUCUCCGUCCAACACCGCCAACAUCGAACCCAUCCAAAUCGACGUCAACGACGACGCCUCCAUCCAAGCAGCCGCCGAUUACGUCCUUCAGAAACACGGCUACCUCGACGUCCUCAUGCUCAACGCGGGAAUCUCUCGAGCCGCAGGCGUGGAAUCCGACUUAGGACCUAACGAGGAUGGCUCCGGGCCAAGUCUGAGAGAACAGUACCGCCAGCAAUACGACACCAACGUCUUCGGCGCCGCAGUCUGCGUCGACUCCUUCCUCCCUCUCCUCCGCAAAUCCACAGCCCCAGGAGGGAAGCGCAUCGCCUUCACAGGCUCCAGCACCGCGUGUCUCGAACUCGCGCGGACGGAUCCCACUCACUUGAAUGGCAAGCACUACCGCCUGUACCGCUCGACCAAGACGGCGCUGAAUAUGGUCAUGGUGAGCUAUGCGCGGGAGUUGGAGGACGAGGGGUUUGUGGUUAGUGCGAGUAAUCCGGGGCAUUGUGGGACGAAUUUGAAUUUGUAUAAGGGGUUGAAGGAUCCGAGGGAGGGGGCGAAGGUGUUGGUCGAGUGUGUGGAGGGGAGGAAGGAGGAUGUGCAUGGGUUUUUGGUUGAUGAGAGUGGGAAGUUGGAUUGGUGA